GCCAGGUGGCGGCGGGCAGACUCCUGGCACGUCUGCACCCCGCGACCCCUGCGCCCGCGGGCACCAUGAGCGGCCGAAUCGGGGACUUGAGCCCCCAGCAGCAGGAGGCGUUGGCCAGGUUCCGGGACAACCUCCAGGACCUGCUGCCCGCCCUGCCCAAUGCCGAUGAGUAUUUCCUCCUGCGCUGGCUCCGAGCUCGGAAAUUUGACCUGCAGAAAUCUGAGGACAUGCUCCGGAAGCACAUGGAGUUCCGGAAGCAACAGGACCUGGAUAAUAUCCUCUCGUGGCAACCCUCAGAGGUGAUCCAGCUGUACGACUCCGGUGGUCUGAGUGGCUAUGACUAUGAAGGCUGCCCCGUGUGGUUCGACAUCAUUGGGACCCUUGACCCCAAGGGUCUUCUCCUGUCAGCCUCCAAGCAGGAGCUGAUCCGGAAGCGCAUCAGGGUCUGUGAGCUGCUUCUGCGGGAGUGUGAGCUGCAGAGUCAGAAGCUGGGCAGGAAGAUUGAGACGGUGCUGAUGGUGUUUGACAUGGAGGGGCUCAGCCUGAAACACCUGUGGAAGCCAGCUGUUGAGGUCUACCAGCAGUUUUUUGCCAUCCUGGAAGCAAAUUAUCCUGAGACGCUGAAGAAUUUAAUUGUCAUUCGAGCCCAGGGCCCUGGCCAUGACUAUACCUCCAAGUCCUCUCUAAGCCAGCUUCCCAAAGGAGUUUCAUGUGUUUCAGCCCCCAAGCUGUUCCCCGUGGCCUUUAACUUGGUCAAGUUGUUCAUGAGUGAGGAAACGCAAAGGAAGAUAGUGAUUCUCGGAGGCAACUGGAAGCAGGAGCUGCCCAAGUUCAUCAGCCCUGACCAGCUGCCCGUGGAGUUUGGGGGGACCAUGACUGACCCUGAUGGCAACCCCAAGUGCCUGACCAAGAUCAAAUACGGGGGCAAUGUGCCCAAGAACUACUACCUGCGCAACCAGGUGAGGAUGAAUUAUGAGCACACGGUGACCGUGGCCCGAGGCUCCUUCAUGCAGCUGGAGAACGAAAUCCUGUUCCCGGGCUGUGUGCUCAGGUGGCAAUUCGCAUCAGGAGGGGCGGACAUCGGCUUCGGGGUUUUCCUGAAGACCAAGAUGAGCGAGUGGCAGCGGGCAGGGGAGCUGGUGGAGGUGCUGCCCAUCCAGCGCUACAAAGCCCACGUGGUCCCUGAGGACGGGAGCCUCACCUGCCUCAAGGCCGGCGUCUAUGUCCUGCGCUUCGACAACACCUACAGCCUGAUGCACACCAAGAAGGUCAGCUACACUGUGGAGGUGCUGCUCCCAGACAAGGCCUCCGAGGAGAAGAUUCAAGGUUUCGAGGCGAGGAGACCAUCCCCAGCGCAGUGAAGACCCCAGCUGCCUCUGUGCCUGGGCUCUUCAAGCCCUUAGCAGUCCCCUCCCUGUCCCUUGCCCUCCCAGGUGGGGUGGUGUUUGGAGGAGCCACCACCCUGUGUCACCAUCUCAGCUCCUUGUGGGGCCCACCAGGCACAGGGGCAGAGCAGGAGAGGGGACAUCCAGUGCAUGGCCACACUGGGGAUUCAGACAGACACCUGAUCCCCUGUUUGCAGAGACUGAGGAUGAGCCAGGGCCCACCAAGGAAGUGUCCCGCCCACAGAAGCUUCUGUCACUCCUGACAAAGUCCACCAGUCCCGGGACUCACCCACACCUAGUGAUCUGGUCUGGGGGUGUGUGCAUGAGCCCCAGGCCAUGCAGGGAGCAUAGCGUCAAGUCUGAAGAGCAGAGAAGGCUCCAUCUCUGCACGUGGGGGCUCAGCAGGGGUGGACAGGGCCAGCUGGACGUGGCCGGGUGGAAAAAUGGGGCCAGCUGGAUGGCAGAACUGAGGGUCUUGGUUCUGGGAGGGCACCAGGGCCCUUUGGAGCUGUCCUCCUGCCUCUGGAGGGAAGAUCAGAAACGGAGCAUGAGGCCCAGCAGGGAUAACCAUCGGGAGGAAAAGCCAUGCUCGGUCACACAGAGCUACAUGGGUGAAGACCGAGUCUCUCGGAAUUCUCAGCGACCCCAGCCUCCCCCUCCCCACCUGCCGUGAUCCAGCUGACAUUCAGCUUGGGUUCUUUCUGGCUCUGAGUAAGGACCAGGACUGUAGAGCUGGAGUGAAGUGGAACAUGCUGGAAUAAAGUAGAACGAGCUGGGGUGGAGCUGUCAUCCCAGUGUGCUUAUCCUAGA